GGAACCCCCCAAACCGUUUACUUUUAUGGCUCUGUUAUUCCCUCGCGGCUGCCCGAGGUUGGCUCGCCAUCAGGACAUUGGACAUAUAAUUCCAGAGCAUGUCGGACCCCGAUCACCCGCAAGAUGGAUGCAUUGACCGUCCCCCGGGCACGGAGUGCGGCGCUGGAACGACACAUUCCACCCAUCCCGAUCCCCAUCGUGUGGGGAAUUGUCGGCCUUGGUCAAGAGUAUCGGCCGGCUUGAGGGCAACCGAUAUCACGAUCCACAAAAUCAACACGUUCAUCUCGAGCUCCAUCGGCCAGGACACCGCCCUCGGCUCCAUUGAAUAUCUCUCACAUGCCUUACAUUACUUGCUCCUCUCGAGAAUCUGGCGAAAACUAAAGACUCGCCUCUAUGCUCUUCUCCGAAGGAUGCAGAGACGUAAACCGACUCCAUGUCACGGUCCAUCCACCCCUCCGCAAAUCCAAACACCGGCCUGGUCACCGCUACUGUCACUGUCAUCGUUGAUGUUCGACACCCGUUGCACUCUCCGUCUGUUGGGAUUAUUCUCGAUAUGGGCCUGGGGCUCUGAGACCGCAACGGCUCCCCCGGCGGAUCGCAUUGUCCGCGAACUAACACGACUUCAGCUGGUGGCGACCACAGCGUACCAACUGUUAGAAAAUGUCGCCUUUCUCAUGUCCAAACAUGUUCUGCCGGAGAAAUUAUGGCAGAGGUUCGACAGUGAAAAACUGUAUUCUUGGAGUCUUCUUUCCCUGUGUGCGCAUAUGAUGCUCCAGGUGGGCAAGCUGUGGCGGGAGAGUAUACUGAGAACGAGAGCAGACCCGAAGGCAGUGUCAUCCACGAAUGGUCGGAUCACCAUGAUUGAUAAGGAGGCGGGAAGCGCCAGUGAAGCCGGCGACCAUGAUCCGGACGUAUUAACGCGGCGAGAGGAAAUCAUCGCCGCCCGGAAGAGCUUGGUAUCAAGCCUGACCUGGGGAGCAUUAUGUGCGCACUGGGGCAUGCCGGCUGGGAUUGGGAUUCCGGAGGCCUUCAUAGGGGCCUUGAGCUUUGUUGCGGAUGCAUGGGAACUAAGGGAUACGUGGGGUUCAAUGGACGUUCCAUCAGUUGGAUGUCUCAAUGGCUGAAGUGCUGGAGAUAUACGGUAGCGCAGUAUUUACGUCGUCCAGAAAAUCAAUGCCUCAUACUCGAUAGGGAUCGUCCAAAUGAAGAUCGGUGACCCGCCGAAUAUGGAUCUCAUUUAUACUAUGGGUGUGAGUUUACCUUGUAUCAUGGUGACUAUCGAUGAAAGUCCUAUUGCUGCGAUCUGUCUACGUCAUUCUAUCCAGCACCGAGGGUGGAACAACGGAUCUAAUUCGAA